AUGGUGGAAACAUUAGAGGCUGGUGAUUAUGUUAUGAUUGCCAUUUACUUCAUCCUAGUGCUGGCUGUAGGACUAUGGUCGACAUUCCGUCCAAACCGAAACAGUGCAACAGGCUACUUCUUGGCGGGCAAGAAUAUGCAUUGGAUUCCGGUUGGAGCCUCAAUAUUCGCCAGCAAUGUCGGGGCGCCCAUGUUUAUUGGGCUUGCUGGUCAGGCGGCUGCAUCCGGGUUCGCUGCAGCGGUGUACGAAUGGCACGCCGUUUACCUGUUAAUAGCUCUAGGCUGGAUAUUCGUUCCUGUAUACGUCGCCUCAGGGACGAUGACAAUGCCAGAAUACCUGAAGAAAAGAUUCGGUGGAAAACGACUCAGAAUAUACCUAUCUAUCUUAGCUCUACUCAAAUACAUGUUGACAAAUAUAUCGGGCGAGAUCUUCUCAGGCGCUAUCUUUCUGCAGCAGCUGCUGGGCUGGAACCUGUAUCUGUGCGUGGUCAUCAUUCUCGGCAUCACCGCCAUUUACACCGUGGCAGGUGGUUUGGCGGCGGUCAUCUACACCGACACUCUACAGACUGUGAUUCUACUUGUUGGAUCCUUCAUUCUGAUGAUCAUAAGUUUUGUCGACGUUGGCGGCUGGGAACAAAUGAUGAGGAAAUACGCGGUGUCGGCGGCGAACUACACCCUGGCCGACCCCCAGAACUACUCGUGUGGUCUGCCCAGGGAGGACUACAUGCACAUCUUCAGGGAUCCGAUCAAAGGCGACAUCCCGUGGCCGGGUGCCGUGUUCGGGGCGACAACUCUGGGCAUCCUGGUGUGGUGUGCCGAUCAGAUUAUGGUUCAGCGGUGCCUGGCCGCUAAGAACAUGAGUCACGCUAAGGGCGGGGCCGCUCUAGCCGCCUUUCUCAAGAUCCUGCCCUUCUUUCUGUUCAUGAUUCCAGGCAUGAUCAGCCGAGUUCUCUUCCCUAAUGACAUCGCGUGCGCCGACCCCGACAAAUGCGAAGCAGCAUGCGGGAACCGAGCUGGCUGCACCAACAUAGCCUACCCACUGCUGGUUCUGAGGAAGAUGCCUGCAGGCUUAAAAGGCUUGAUGCUGGCGGCCCUACUGGCAGCCUUGAUGAGCAGCCUGACGUCCAUCUUUAACAGCGCCAGCAGCAUGUUCACCAUGGAUCUAUGGCGGCGCUUCCGGCGGCACGCCAAGCAGUCUGAGCUGAUGCUGGUUGGUCGGGUGUGUGUCCUGGUCCUCGUGGCCGUCAGCAUCCUGUGGAUCCCCAUCCUGCAGCAGGCGCAGAGCGGGCAGCUGUGGAGCUACGUGCAGGCCGUGGCCUCCUACACCUCACCGCCAUGGUGCUGGGUCUUCCUGCUGGCGCUCUUCUGGAAGAGGACUACAGAAGCUGGAGCGUUUUGGGGCUUGAUGAUCAGUCUUGUCGUCGGGUUCGCCUGGAUGGCUAUGGACAUGACAUUCCCAGCGCCACCUUGCGGCAGUACGGAACCGGACACCCGACCAGCCAUUUUGGCAAAAAUUCACUUUCUACACUUCGCUUUGAUUCUGUCUGGUGUGACAAUCAUAUCCACCGUCGUCAUAUCUCUCAUCACAACACCACGACCUCCUGAAAAGCUGAACAGAGUGACUUGGUGGACACGACACAGUGAAAAAGAUCUCGAAGAAUCAGAUUCUGAAGAUGAUUUUGCCCAAGGAGAUGAUGAUGAUAAUGAUAAUGAUGAGCCUAUCAAAUCUGUAAAACGUAAAAAGCUGAGCCCAGGACGCAAGGUGUAUAACUGGCUGUGUGGUGUAGAUAACAAACCAAAACCAAAAAUAACUCCAGAGGAAAAAGAACUCAUCAGAAAAAAGAUGACGUCACUGGCAGAAACUCCAAAAGCGCGGCGCUAUGCAAAUAUAUGUGCCGUCAUAGCGGUAACGGUGACCACAUUUUUGUUGGGAUUUUUCCAUUAAAUAUUGGCGUUAUCAAAAUGAUAAGCUGACCCACCUUUUGUGUAUCCUGUAUGGAGUCGUCUCUGCAUAAUUCGUACUUUGAAGAUACCAGCAUAAAACGUAUUUAGACAAAUACAAUAUUAUACACUUAGAAGCCUUAUAAAAAAGAUAAAAACGUUA